GCGGCGCCGCAGCCAUGGAGGGAGGCGGUGGCGGCAGCAGUGGCGGCUCCGGCGGCUGCGCUGGGAGGCGGCGGUGAGCGGCUCCCACGCCUCCGGCCCGGCCCUGGUUCCCCGGGACGGAGCGCCAAGCAGCCCCGGCUCCGGGAUACGGACUAUGGGCGAGCAGCGCUGAGCACCGGGGGAAGGUCCUCUGCCUGGAAUGACCUUGCCCUUUGCCCAGUCCACUCUAGUAGCGUCUCCUCGGGGAAGGCUUCCCUGGGCACCCCCAGGACCCUCUGCGCUCCCCAUGUGGAAGUCAUCUGUGUACACGUUUCCUGCUCCACCUCCAGGACACUGCGUUCCCAAGGUGUUAGCUGUGAAAGCUGGAAGGAAGCUGAGAAUGAAGCGGAGAGCAUCAGACAGAGGAGCUGGAGAAACAUCGGCCAGGGCAAAGGCUCUAGGAAGUGGGAUUUCCGGAAAUAAUGCAAAAAGAGCUGGACCGUUCAUCCUGGGUCCCCGUCUGGGCAACUCACCAGUGCCAAGCAUUGUGCAGUGUUUGGCAAGGAAAGACGGCACAGAUGACUUCUAUCAGCUGAAGAUCCUUACCCUUGAGGAGAGGGGGGACCAAGGAAUGGAAAGCCAAGAGGAGAGGCAAGGCAAGAUGCUGUUACACACCGAGUACUCUCUGCUUUCCCUCCUCCACACGCAGGACGGCGUGGUUCACCACCAUGGGCUCUUCCAGGACCGCACCUGUGAAAUUGUUGAGGACACAGAAUCCAGCCGAAUGGUUAAGAAGAUGAAGAAGCGCAUCUGCCUUGUCCUUGACUGCCUCUGUGCACACGACUUCAGUGACAAGACGGCCGACCUGAUCAACCUGCAGCACUACGUCAUCAAGGAAAAGAGGCUCAGCGAGCGGGAGACUGUGGUCAUCUUCUACGACGUGGUGCGAGUGGUGGAAGCCCUGCACCAGAAAAACAUUGUGCACAGAGACCUGAAGCUUGGGAACAUGGUGCUCAAUAAGAGGACGCAUCGGAUAACCAUCACCAACUUCUGCCUUGGGAAGCAUCUCGUGAGUGAAGGGGACCUGCUGAAGGACCAGAGGGGGAGCCCUGCCUACAUCAGCCCAGAUGUGCUCAGCGGCCGGCCGUACCGCGGCAAGCCGAGCGACAUGUGGGCCCUGGGCGUGGUGCUCUUCACCAUGCUGUAUGGCCAGUUCCCCUUCUACGACAGCAUCCCGCAGGAGCUCUUCCGCAAGAUCAAGGCUGCCGAGUACACCAUCCCUGAGGAUGGCCGGGUUUCGGAGAACACCGUGUGUCUCAUCCGGAAACUGCUGGUCCUCGACCCCCAGCAGCGCCUGGCUGCUGCUGACGUCCUGGAGGCCCUCAGCGCCAUCAUUGCCUCGUGGCAGUCCCUGUCGUCUCUGAGCGGGCCUUUGCAAGUGGUUCCUGACAUCGACGACCAGCUGAGCAGUGCAGACAGCUCCCAGGAGGCGAAGGUGACGGAGGAGUGCUCCCAGUAUGAGUUUGAGAACUACAUGCGGCAGCAGCUGCUGCUGGCUGAGGAGAAGAGCUCCGGACACGAGGCCCGGAGCUGGGUGCCCAAGCGGCAGUUUGGCAGUGUGCCACCAGUGCGGCGGCUGGGCCACGAUGCCCAGCCCAUGAACCCCUUGGACGCAGCCAUCCUGGCACAGCGCUACCGGCGGAAAUAGCGCCUCCAGCCGGGCACCAGCACCGCGCUGCCUCUUCCCGGCUGUCAGGGCUGGGCCCUGGAGUGCUGAACUCUCCCAGGCUGCACGGGGACAGGGCAGGGACAGCCCAGGUCACACAGGGGGUCAGCAGAGGUACCACGAAGCUACCUUUUGGAAUGAUUGCUUGAUUGUUUGGUUUUUUUAAUCUGAGAAGCCUAGAUAACUAAUCUGCUUUUAAUCACGACGUUUUAAUCUACCUCUGUCUCUUUAACCAUGCUGUCUCUGGACUGAGUGAGAGGGAGGAGGAGGAAGCCCACCCACCUGCCCACCAGGCUCCAUGGCCUGACCCAGCCGCCCGCCUGCCCGGGCAGCUGCUCCCACAGUCCACAUAAGCUAAAAGUGCGUCUCGCUGCUGGCUCCCCAGAUGAACACCCACUCCCAGUGCUCUCCCAGGCCCCUCCCAGGGGCUGUUUUCAUCCCUCCCCUUCUGACCCCAGGCCCCUCAGUCCAAGCUUUGGAAAACCUUCACCUCAUCUUAAGCAGAAUUCAAAUAUAUUUAUUUUUGUACUGCAACCAACUUCUGUCCCAUCUCUAGAUUUCUCAGCCCAUGGCCACUCCUUGCCCCCAGCCUGGCUGGCCAGCAGGAGUCCACAGCCCAUAGAUGGGCCCCCACCUUGCCCCAGGCUCAGAAGCCCCAUCUUGCCAGCCCUGCUCCUCCUCUAGCCCCCAGUCCCUCCUUGUUUCUGGUGAUGGGGAGGCCUUUCUAUCCUUGGUUCUCUGUCUCCAUCUCAGUAACUGCUCUGAGGUGCUGUACACUUGCAUUGACCAUGGUUUCCUUCUCCAUCCCGCACUGUGGUACCCAGGGAACACUGACAUAGAUGUGAAGGGGUGUCUGGUGGCUGGGCUGGGGAGGGGGGUGUUGGGCUAGCUGUGCACAGGUGGGCCCUGUUUAUACACCCUUUGCCCCCACAUCCCACUCUGUUCAGAGAGCGGGGGGCAUCUCCCCUCCUGUCCUUGCCCCACAAUGGAUUGCUGUCUCUUCCAGCAGAUCCUGGCCAGGGUCCUUCAUGGAGGCUGCGGGGCUCGUGGGGAGAACUGUAGGGACUGGGGGACCCUUCCUAGCUUGAGAACAGCCCUGCUGCCCUUUUUGAGCCAAGAUUUUGAAGUGGAUGCCUGUCUUGCCAGAAACACUGUUCUCACCAGAAUGGCCUCCCCUCCCACUCCCCUCCCUGGACUUGGCCCUGCCCAGUGCUAAGCAAAGACCCCCACCACCGCACAACCUACAUUCCCAGGCCCCCUGGGAGAAACGGAGUGUUCACCUCCAGGCUGCCCUGGGCCUUCAGCAGGCCCUGCCUGCCUGAACUUGCUCCCUAGUCAGGAGGCCUCAAUUCCCAGAGUGUAAGCAGCCCCCUCCCCAAAAGCUGACUCACUGUGAGUGACUUGGGCAAGUUCCCAAACCUCCUUGUGCCUCAGUUUCCCCAUCUGGAAAAAAUGGGGCCACCUCUUGCCAGCAGUAGCAGGGCCGCCCAUGCCCCUUCCUCCCUAUACCCACUCCUAGCACUUGGGCGCCUUGUGCCUCUGCCUCGGUGGGUCUGUGGGAGCCCGCCUGAGCCCACCCAGCACUUACUCCCCCUGAGCACCAAGCUCUGCCUCUAUCAGCCGGCCAGCUGCUGAGAGCCAGGGUCUCAUGCUGUGGGGGUGAGGGCUGCCCUCUUUUCUAUAUUUAUUUCAAAAAGAAGUCUCCUAAAGGAGUAGAAACGCAGUCCAGCCUAGGGCUCCCAGCCCCUGUGACUGACCUGUGAGGGUGUCAGCCAUGCCCCUUGUCCAGCAGCCUGCCCAGACCCUCCAGGCCUGCUUGCCAGGUGUGGUCUCUCUCCUCCUUUUCAAAGCAAUAUCCUCUGGGUCUGCAAAGCCCUAUCAGACAGACUGGUCCCUUCCAAGGUCAACCCAUGUGUCUGACUACAUUUCUGGCAAAGCAAAUGAGAGGAGGUUGGGUCUGCCCUCACUGGGUGUCACACGCUGAGAGAAGUCCUAUUGUAAAGAAACAAAAUGGAAAAAGUCACAAAAAGUUUGUAUAAAGACAUAUUUUUGUACUACAUGGGGACUCUUCCUGCAUGUCAGCAAUAAACUUCCUGAUCUGGAGCCAC